AUUAUUGUAUCUCAGUUAGUAUAUCAUAAUGGAUGUUUCAUUGAUAGCAGACGCAACGAAUAACUUGAUAGUAUAUCUGGCAACAAUCAUAGAGAUUGCUCAUUAUACUCUGGUAAUUUACGGAGUACGGAAUGACUGGGAUGUCAACAAGGCAAGGAAACAGCCAGUUGCCACAUGGUUGAUGUCGAUAGCUUGUUGCUACGGUGGAGGGAUGAUCAUAAGUGUUUGUGUAGGAAAACCUGCUCUGACUCCUCUAUCCAAUAAUCAGUCAGUUCUCAUGAUGACAAUAGUAUGGUGGCACAUCUUCUACUCUCCCAAAGAUGUCAUUUAUAAUUUGUUGUCAUGGAAACCAGCGAUGUUAGUGAUUGUUCUGGGAAAAGAAAUGAUCCGAACACGAAAAAUUAUAAAAGGAGUGAAACUUGGUCGUGGAGCUUUCCCUGACUCUCUCUUGAUCUGUACUAUUCUUGGAAUGUUUGGAGCCUGCGGAGGGGGGUUCGUCAAAAAUGCUGCAACGUUUGUGAGGAAACAAUGGAAUCAUGAGACCGUGAAAUCUAUUCAUUUGGCGACAGUAACAAAGCUCAGCCUUCUGUUCUCUCUACUUUACAAUCUACAACUCCUAGGAAUCCUGCCGAUCUCAUUCAACACUGUUGUUCUUCUACAACUAACAGUGAUGUUCCUGAUAUCGUGCAUUGACGUCAUUUAAUCAAGUCUAAAGAUUGCAAAGCUUUUGUCUGAUGACGUUGACCUCCACGUGUUUCCAUUUCGUAAAUUCCGAAAAGGAUUGAUCAAAACUUUCCGAAUGUCUCCUGAUGCUUUGAUCCAAUUGUCUCUUCAACUUGCACAUUUCAGGGUCAAAGGUCAUUUCAGUUUGACUUACAAAGCCUCAAAGACGAGAUUGUUCCGAGAAGGGAGGAGCGAGACUGUUCGUUCAUGCAUGUCUGAAUCCUGCGCUUUCGUUCGCGCCAUGGAAGAUUCAGAACAAACUAAUGAAGACAGAAUUGCCAUGUAUUUGGAUAUGAGGAGGCAAUGACUGGUCAAGGAAUUGAUCGUCAUUUAUUCAGUCUCUACGUCGUGUCAAAAGAUCUCAAAAUCCCUUGGCAGUCUCCCUUUCUGCAAAAGGUCAGAAUAUCAUUUUCCUUUUUUUUUUUUUUUAAUUUUUUUUUGAUUUAUAACUUUUUCUUAUUGUUCAUAUAUUUCUACUCACUUUUUAAUACGCUAACCACAUGUGAUGUUUUGUGUCUUCGCUCUGGACAAACCUAAUAAGUUGUCACUGAUGAUUUGUAAGGGGCUGCAUUUUUUUUUAAGGUCUGGGUUCAAUUUAUUUGGGCAGGCAAUACUGGGAAGUGGGAAGGUUCUGAUUCGCUGUUGGUAUUAAUUCCCCCCCCUUCUACAAUUUCAAACACCCCCCUAAUUUUGAAGUAAGAUACCGCACUUUAUUACCUAACUUAAGUAUAAUUGUAUUUGAAUAUCCAGAAGGUAGAAUAUUUAUCAGUGCAGAUGAUCUGUCAAAUACAUAACACAUUUUUAUAAGUUACGAAUAGUUUAAUCGCUAAUAGGAAAAUAUUUACCAACCUUCUAAAUUCCCCCCCCCCCCCGCCUCUAAAAUGAAAUGCUGAGGUACAUACUGGCCGUAGGUUCCCAUAUCUCCACUAUGUGAGAACCUCCUGUUCUAGAAGUUACAGAAUCUUUCCAGUUUAGCCGAUUCAAUUUAUCACACCCUGGGUAAGGUGCGGCGACAUGAUGUUUGAACUCAAACUAUCGUCUAGGUCCAACCCCUUAAACAUUAGAAUUAAAGUAAAAGCACAAAUAAAGUUGGAUUUCCAGAUCUAUUAGUCUCAUUGCUUUUCAAAACACUUGACCCGCUUUCAUCAUUGCCUACCCAAAUUUAUUGCACCCCUAGGUGAGCUGGUGAGCAGAGUUUUUUAUUCAGCCAACAUAGUCUCACACCAUAAACAUUAGCAUAAAAGUAAAAACUAAAAGCAUAAGUUGUUUUCAAAACAUUUCUCGCAACUAUCAUUUUUCUUUUCGGUGUUUCUUAUCAUGCUGGUGCAAGCUAUCGCUGAAACGUAAUUUUCUUUCACGCUGUUGCAACUUGUAUGUUUAAUUCGAAAUUCACGAAAUUUUGACCCUAAAAAUUUGUCAAAAUGGCUGUUAUGGAAUUAAUUUCAUCUGGUCACAUUGACAUUUCAAACUCCGCAUUAUUUACUCAUUCGACCAUGACUGCCAUUUAGAUUCUCAAUCAUAUGACUCUCUAGUCAUUAUCGUCAAUCAAAUAUUUUUCUCAUUUUAACCCUGCAUUUUCGGUCAUCAUUCAUCCAACCAUGACUGCCAUUCAUUUUUCAAUCAUGCGGUGUUCUAUUGCAUAUUCAUAUUCAUCAAUUUUUUGUUCAAUUUAACCCUACAUUUUCGUUCAUCAGACCAUGAUGCUCCAGCCAACAUUCCUAAUCUCAAAUUAUUUGUUCAUUUUGGCCCUGCAUUUUUAUUCCUCUGACCAUAACUAUGAUUAAGUGUUUCACAAAUUUAAGUUCAUUAGAUAAAAAAUCAUAAAGAAUGUUAUUAUCAUUCAAACCCUGCAUUUUUAAUCAUUCAACUGUGACUGUCUUUAUUUGUACCCUUCAUUUUUAGUUAUUAACGCAUGGCUGUCUAUUGUCAUCAAAUUCUUCAUGUCAAAAAAAUAAUAAUUUCAAAAAGUUUUUUUUAAAUUGCGAAUAAAAAUCAUAAAAAUAAUUAUUUAUUUGUUCGCCACAAUUUCAAAACCAUUAUAUAUUUUGAGAUUUAGAAAUUUUCUUUGUAUCUAACUAAACUAAAAAAAAAUUGUCUUGAUUUGUAUAUCCAGCAAACAUUCGUCCCCUCUGUGACAGCAGCAACUUGUGAAUGCGCAAAUAGUUCCGCAUCAAUUUUAGUUCAUUUUGAUACUGCAUUUUUUACUUAUUAGACCGUGACUCUUUAGUUGAACCCUCAGUAACAUAUCACCCUGUGACUUUACAAAUCCAUGCGAUCCCCUGAAUGAAUAGAUAGAUCCACAUCAAUUUUGGUUCAUUUCAACCCUGUAUUUUUAUUUAUUAGACCGCGACUCUUUAGUUGAACACUCUGUGACAAAGCAGUUACAAAUCCUUGCGACCCUGGAAUGUGCACAUAGUAUCACGUCAAUUUUGCUUCAUUUAAACCCUUUUUUUACUUAUUGGACCAAAACUUUUUUUUUAGUUGAAUCUGAUAAUGAAAAAUUAACAGUCUUUUUUAAUUCUAUUUUCAUUUCAACCCUGCGUUUUUAGUCAUUAAACCAUGACCCACAUGGCAAGUCAUUGGACCUUUCAAAUACACCCAUAGGUUGUGACUCAUCAGCCUUUCAAAAAACAUAGUUCAAAAAUUGAAGGAGGGAGGGGGAAUCCCAUUUUUUGGAUGUAGUCAUUACACGCAUAUCACAUUUUUUUUAUAUUAAAAAGAAAACUUUUUCAUCUUUGAGUUUCUCUACUCUAAAAAAUAACUAUUAUCAUGCUGUGUGUCUUCCUUAAAUUAUUUUAAACUUGAACAUCAAAAUUUGGUUUUAGUUUGGUUGUGGCAGCAUCAGGCUGUCUUAUCUUAUUAGAUUACCAUAUUCAUUAUUUUAUCAUCAUCUUAUCUUAACUGUUUUUUUUUAUCUAGGGGACUCUCUGAUUACACUCUUUUGAAUGUAUUUAUAUUUCCAUGUUAUUAUCUACUUAUCUAUUUAUCUUAUCAGAACUCAUCUCGAUUUGCUGAUAACAUCGAAAAAGCAAUGAUGGAUGUGAAGGACCUCUGCGAAUAUGCAAAGAAAAAAUAAUUUAAGAAAAAAACAAAAAAAAAUUAGGAAUUGUUAAUCUAAUGCAUUGUGUUUUUAUUAAAAAGGGGGGAGCACUGGGGGUAAAAAAGUAGGGGAUUUUAUUUUGAUUUUACUUAUACUUUUGUGUGGAAAAGCGUGUUCUAUUUUUUCUGUAAUAUUUACUGAUUGUAUUUUUAUCUUAGUGUAAAACAGAUUUGGAAACCAA